AAGAAACCACAAGCAUCACUACCGAAAAUGAAAACGUUGAGGUGCUUUAACGUGACGUAUGUAUGCGACUAACCAGUUUUGAUUGGCUAUGUGAAGGUGGCAGUGUCUUUAGUAUUGCACGUGUGUGGGCUCUAGAGCUACGGAUGCUCUUUUAGGACUAGAAAAAGAUGGCAGAAACGCUGCAGUAUCUCGCGCAGUUGCCAGACGUUGAUAUUGAUGCAGAUGGUGUUUUUAAAUACGUGUUGAUUCGAGUCGAGCCACCAAAUGGAGAACAGAGCAAGGAUAUUGUGCGAGGGUACGCAUGGGCUGAUUACCACGGGCUUUGGGCAAGCAAAUCAUGAAGUGUCUACAGAGAAAUUAAAAGCGAUGUAUCCAGAUUAUGAGGUCACGUGGUCUAAUGAAGGUUAUUAGUGUGUGGAAUGCAUCAUUUGUUAAAGAUAUUGCACUGAUGACCCAGGUCUGUACCACUGGAAGUUCCUGGUGUCAUUACUGUAGGUGAACAGCCAGAAUGAGCAUUAUGGAUACAUACUCCUUUUUUUGAACUGUAAAAUCCAGUAUGUCAGAAGUGGCUUGUUCUGUUUGUGUGUGUUUGAAUGUGUACUGAAAUAAAGUGCUGUGAUCACACUGUGUGAUUUUUCUGUAAAGGUCUAGCACUUGGAAGUGUAUUUUUUUUUAGCCUUAAAAUUAAGGCUUUGCAGUGGACGAGAGGGUAUUGCGCUCUCCAAAUAUUCAAAGCCUGAGUAAUGGUACUGUUGUAGUCCUGGAAGUAUUUACUGACCGAGCCCUCCAUGUCUUUUCAGUAUUACAGCAACUGUACUUAAGGAUGACUGAAAAUAUGUUAAAAUGUACGGAUAGAAGAAUAAAAAUUAUGUAAUGUC